UGCUGCUAACAAUGCAAGACGAACCCACCGCCGCCGCCGUGGGCUCUCUCGCUCGGCCCUAUCCGUCUCCCAUGGCCCACUCAGAGAUACACACAGACCCACCCCCGCCCUCCUUGUCCGACCCCCACCUUCCGUCUCACCACACCCGCCCGUACGAUGGAGAACACAACUAUAACGCUCACGGCGACGAGGAUAAAAAGUUUACGACCGCUGCAAUGUCUGCCAGGACUCAGGAGGCUUGGAAGAACUUGACUCUGUCUGAAAUUAGUGGGUCGCUUGGCGACAUGGGCACACUGCUCCCACUGCUGGUGGCAUUAACCAAGACGGGCCAGAUCUCCCUUCCGGCUUCGUUGAUCUUUGGUGGACUGUACAAUAUCAUCACUGGGUUCGUAUUUGGGAUUCCCAUGUGCGUCCAACCCAUGAAAUCCAUCUCCGCAAUAGCCCUCGCCACACAAAUGCCCCAAUCCCAAAUCGUCGCCGCAGGCUUCAGCGUCUCCGCCAUCAUCCUCAUCCUAGGCCUCACACGCACAAUCACCCUCCUCAACACCCUGAUCCCCCUCUCCAUCGUCCGCGGCAUCCAGCUCGGCACGGGUCUAACCCUCAUCACCAACGGCGUCAACACAAUCCUCAAAUCAAACGCGUGGGAAUUCGCAAACUGGGCUUGGCUUGAUAACUUCUUCCUUGCGAUCCUCGCGUUCGGAGCCUGUGUGUGGAACUGGAACGCGAGACGGAACCCGAGCGCCGUGCUGCUGUUCCUGGUCGGUAUAGCCAUCGCAGCCGUCAAACUCCACGCCAUCGACAAAACAACACCACCCCCCUCCUUCGGGUUCCCGGACCUGACGCCCCACGUCCCCACCGCCACCGAUUUCAAAACAGGUUUCCUAACCGCCGGCCUCGGCCAGCUACCCCUCACCCUCCUCAACUCCGUCAUCGCCGUCUCCAAACUGGCCGACGACCUCUUCCCCACCCUCCGCAAGAGUCGCAACCAACCCGUCGCACCCAUCACACACGUAGCAACCUGCGUCGGCCUCAUGAACAUCCUCGGCACAUGGUUCGGGUCAAUCCCCUUUUGCCACGGGUCUGGCGGGCUAGCCGCGCAACACCGGUUUGGCGCCCGAACGGCGUCCUCCAUCUAUUUCCUGGGCGUCCUGAAGAUUGUGGCGGGCGGCUUGUUUGGCGCCUCGUUAAGCGGGUUGUUUGCAAGGGUGCCGAACAGCGUGCUCGGGGUCAUGUUGGUCGGGGCCGGGGCGGGCUUGGUGGGCGUCACGAGGGAUAUGGGCGGGGUGGAGCCCUACAUGGUGAGUGAGAUGCGCGAUCAGGGCAACCCGCCGUCAUCAGCAACGCAAACUGAGCAUGCACACGCCCGUGAGAACGCCCACACAACAAUGAUCCUCACCGGCUGCGCGACCUCCUUCUUCAAGAACGACGGCGUCGGGUUCUUGGUCGGCGUUGCUGUCGCGUGCCUGUUCUGGGCCCGCGCGUGCCUGGAUCACAGCGAGGCCCACGGUGGGAAGGCAAACGCUCUUCGCCGGGGCCUGAGAGAACGAUGGACGGAGGUGAGGGUGGGCUGGACGGGAGAAUGGGGGAGCGAGCGGAAGGAAGCGGCGCGUGGGUCGGCGCGGACGGUGUGAGCUCAGCUCAGCCUGGCGCUAGCGAGAUGGCAACACGAACCGGCACGCAGGAUCGUGCACCCGACCGCCUUGCUGAGGUUCAGCAGGACAGAGAACGGACGGAGGGCGUUUAGAGAUACCGGCGUACAUAUUAGACUCGGUAUUUUAGACCACGCCCCGCACCGCUCUGGCGUCGGGGCAUUGCACAUGGAGAAUCGCUACUGUACGGUGGUCAUCAACUAUUCCUUCACCUACAGUUUCGUUGUUCGUCUGUCUGUGGUUUGAAUCCGAGCGAGCAUCCCCCUCUUCAGAUUACUUGUUCACACACCCAAAAAUAUACCCCACCCCCCUCCCUUUGCC